AUGUGCUGCGCGCAGGCGCUGGCUGUGAACGCUCGCUCGGACAAAGAUGUUAGCAGCUUUGCGGGUCUAACCGGCCUCUCGCCGCCAAGCGAACACAAGCAACGGAGGUCGACUGCCCAGGGCGAGGAUCUGGAGAACGAACAAACCGAGAUGCCGAUUGAGGCUCGCCUUCCUCACUUGUGGGGGGUAAAACGGGGCCGCGACGUCCCCGCGCGCGGUGCGGUGCUCAAGGUGAUUGACGAGGACCAACUUUCCAAGCGUCGGUCUGUUUCCGGAACGGCAGUCGAGCGGGAAGUGUCAGUCUCAAACCAUGCGCGGAGCGAACCCUUCCCGGCAGCUGUCCAGGUCAGGGGAGAACGGCUCCAGUGCCGAGAGGCGUCGUGCCAUCCAUUCAGCCAAGAACAGAGACCGGGCGUGCCUCCAGUCGCUCCAACCUCGCGUUUUGAGUCGCCGCGCAGCUCUCUUGCCGCGGCGGCUCUCGCUGACGACUGUGUCUUCACGGUCGGUGGCGAAGAGACGUUGGCCGAUCACUUUUGCAGUGCGCAGCUGUUCGUCACUCCCCGGUGGUCUGAUAACGGCCUGGGCCUCGACGCUUCUCAGCUGGAAGCUGCGCAUGCGAUGCAAAUGUCACCAUUUCCGGACAGCCACAGUCCGGUGGGCGCAGGGACAGCUGGAGAAGCCUGUGCCGCGACACCGUGGGUGUCUACGUCUCGGGAUGUCUUGACGCCGACACUCACGGGAGAGGACGAUGCGACGGCGGCUGUCGACGCGGCGAGGGCGGCGACGGCUGCUCUCUUCUCCGACUUUCAUACGGGGCUUACGCCUCGCACUCCCACUGCGUGUGGAGUGGACGUGGAGCCGCUCAGAGUCUGCAUGCGAGACACGUCUCCCGUCAGUUCCCCGUUUGUCUCGGGCGCGGCGCGUUCCGUGCGGGGCUCUCGGAAGUCCCGGGAGGGAGGCAGCAAGGGCGACUUCCCUGCGGCAGCGGGUUCGCAGUCCGUCCGCGGUGUUUCUCUUGGGGCGAGCGCAUGCGAGACGUACUACCUGCACAGCCCAGCAUUCUGCAGUUUCCAGGUCGGCCGCCUGUCCACCGGGAGCGCCAGCAGUGUAGACAGUGUCGCGUCAGAGGGAUGCGAUUGCCGUUCGCGGUGCGUCCACGGCCAGAGCUGCUCGGCGUGUCUCGGUGACUGCGAGAUGAAUCAGUACCCGAUCGUCGUUCAGCAGGCGUACCUGGCGUCGGAGGUGGCGGCUGGAGAGGCGCGCGGGGCGCGUUCCCACACACACCGGAAGAGGGGCCGCGUCAAAGAGGACCCGGCGGCAAAGGCGUCUGCAGAGCUGGAAAACCGGGGACGGAACGGAGGGACGAAACUGGCGAACAAAAAGAUUCCACGUCAUUUCCUGGGCGAGCCUGAAAAGGCGGGCAGAGGCAUGCGCGGCCGACCGUCCCAGCGGAGUGUCGCGGGGAGUAAAGAUGAAGGUGCGCGAUUGGUCGCCGAGAAGCUGGCGAGCGUCAAAAACCAAAAGGCGCAGCAAGACCGGUGGAAAGUCGUGGAGCGAAUCCUGGUGACCGCUGAGGAAGAAAAAAGAGCCAGCUGGUGGCGCGACGACGAAGCAGGCGACAAGUUGGAAGGAGAGGAAAGUGAAGAGGAAGAUGAGAGUUUUUGA